AUGUGGAUGAAAAGUAUUGUUUAUGCUAAGGUGAGCAAUGAUCAUUUGACAAAUAAAACUAGAAUAAAAUAAAUAUAUUUCCAGAUGGGUCUAUCCGAUCCUUCGGAAAUCGAAUCAAAAUGGAUACAACAUCUGGCCGAAUCGAAUCCCUCAUCUCAACUUCGAAUCCAAGCCGAUGCUGCCAGAUCCAAUUUUCCCGAUGUUGUUGAAUCAGUCAGCCAUUUUGAUGCACAAUUAGCGAGGUUGAUUUUGAGAACAUCAACUUCCAAUACACCCUAG